AUGUCGACGCCGACAGACGCCGACCGACGCCGACCGACGCCGACCGACGCCAACCGACGUCGACCGACGCCGACGGACGCCGACGGACGCCGACGGACGCCGACGGACGCCGACGGACGUCCUGAUGGCCACACGCAUCCCAAGGUGAUCACCAAGAAGAUCAUGGCCGCCCGCUCUGCGUCGGAGGUGUUGAGGGUGGUGGAGAAAGAAAGGAACAAUCCCAAGCUGGACUUCUUUGCUAUGGCCGCCGCGUGGGCUAGGAUGGCCAAAAUGCCAAGUCGAAGCAUAAGCAUUGCGGAUGUGCUCAAGGACCCUUUCCUGGCAGAGCUCAUUGGCAUUACAAGAAGCUUUGCGAAAAGUGCGGGGGUGGAGCCUAAAAGGAAUGCUCGAAUAGUGGCCAACGCGUUCUGGGCGGUGGCCAAGCUUGACAAGCACAUGUGUUCACAAUUAGCAAGUUUACGGAGCAGCCUUGCACAGGCAGCCAAGCAGAUGGCAAAACAUAUGGAGGCGCAACAUGUUGCAAACACGAUCUAUGCAGCAGCGACGCUAUCAGAAUCAGGGGACACCUCCAUACUUAGUGUUCUGCCAGCUUUAGCACUUCAGGCCGAGCAAGUGAGCUCUGACAUGAAAGCGCAAGAGGUUGCCAACGUGAUUUGGGCCACGGCCAAGCUGUCGGAGGCAGGGGAGAACUCUCUGCUCGCUGUGCUGCCGGCUUUGGUGGUGCGUGCAAAGAAAGUGAGCUCUGACACGAAAGCGCAAGAGGUUGCCAACAUGAUUUGGGCCACGGCCAAGCUGUCGGACGAAGGGGAGGACUCUUUGCUGGCUUUGUUGCCAACUUUGGCUGUGAAGGCUGAGGAAGUGAGCUCCGACAUGACUGCCCAAGCAGUUGCCAACGUGCUUUCGGCCACAGCCAAGCUGUCGGAGGCAGGAGACGACUCUUUGCUGGCUGUGCUGCCAACUUUGGCGGUGCGUGCAAAGGAAGUGAGGUCUGACAUGAACUCACAAGACGUUGCCAACGUGAUUUGGGCAACGGGCAAGCUGUCGGAGGCAGGAGGUGAUUCUUUGCUGGCUGUGCUGCCGACUUUGGUGGGGCGUGCAAAGGAAGUGAGCUGCGACUUUAUUGCCCAGCACGUUGCCAACGUGAUUUGGGCAACGGGCAAGCUGUCGGAGGCAGGAGACGACUCCCUGCUGGCUUUGGUGUCGACCCUAGCAAUCCAGGCCAAGCAAGUUACCUCCGACAUGGUUGCCCAAGCUGUUGCCAACGUGAUUUGGGCCGCGGCCAAGCUGUCAGAGGCAGGAGAUGUGACCCUGCUCGCUGUGCUGCCGACUUUGGUGGUGCGUGCAAAGGAAGUCCGGUCUGACAUGAGUGAACAAAAUGUUGCCAACGUGAUUUGGGCCACGGCCAAGCUGUCAGAGGCAGGAGAUGUGACCCUACUGGCUGUGCUGCCCACUUUAGCGGUGCGCGCAAAGGAAGUUAGCUUAGAAAUGAAUGCGUAUGAGGUGGCCAACGUGAUUUGGGCCACGGCCAAGCUGUCAGAAGUAGGAGAUAUGACCCUGCUGGCCGUGCUGCCGAAUUUGGCGGUGCGGGCAAAGGAAGUGAGGUGUGACAUGACUCCACAACAUGUUGCCAACGUGAUUUGGGCCACAGCCAAACUGUCAGAGGCAGGGCAGGAAUCUCUGCUGGUUGUGCUGCCGACUCUAGCAGUGCAGGCCAAGGAAGUUAGCUCUGACAUGGAAGCCCAAGCUGUUGCCAACACGAUUUGGGCCACGGCUAAGCUGGCAGAGGUAGGGGAGGACUCUCUGCUAGCUGUGCUGCCGACUUUGGUUGUACGUGCAAAGGAAGUGAGGUCUGAGAUGACUGCGCAAUAUGUUGCCAGCGUGAUUUGGGCCGCGGCCAAGCUGUCAGAGACAGAAGAUGACUGCGUACGUGCUGUGCUGCCGACUUUGGUUGGUGAGGCGGCGCCGCGCCGCGGCCCCACGCGGCCGCGGCUGAUUACCAAGCGCAUCAUGGAGGCCUCCUCCGCUGCGGAGGUGCUGGCGGUGGUGCAAGAGGAGCGCACCAACCCGCGCAUGGACUUCAUAGCCCUGUCCAGCGCCUGGACGAGGCUGGCGAAGCUGGCGCCGAGUCUUGCGGACGCGCUGGCUGACCCCUUCCUCCCCGGCUUCGUCGGCUUGACGCAGGGUGCGGCGGAAGGGGCCGGUGUGGCGGCAACCAAAAACGCCCGAGCAGUGGCUAGCACCAUUUGGGCAGUGGCCAAACUGGAUGCUAAGAUGCGCUCGCACCUGGCCAGUCUAAAGCCCAGCCUAGCGUUGGCGGCGGAGCAUACGGCAAAGCACAUGGACGCGCAAGGCGUGUCCAACGUGAUUUAUGCGAUCUCCACGCUUUCGGAGUCGGGCGAGUGCUCCCUGGUGCGCCUGCUACCCAGCUUGGCGGUCCGCGUCAAGGACGUGAGGUCUGCCAUGACCCCACAGGCGAUGGCCAAUGUGAUUUGGGCCACUGCCAAGCUGUCAGAGUCAGGAGAGACUUCGCUUUUGCCGGCGCUGCCGGUUUUGGCAACGCAGCUCAAGGCCGUGCAAUGCGCCAUGAACGCGCAGGAUGUUGCUAAUGUGAUUUGGGCCACCGCGAAGCUUUCGGAAGCGGAAGACUCCUUGCUGGCUCUGCUGCCCGUGUUGGCGGCCCGGGUGGAAGUGGUGAGGACCACCAUGUCUGCACAGCACGUUGCCAGCGUCAUCUGGGCGGCCGGCAAGUUGUCGCAGGCGGGAGAUGAUGCGCUGCUGUCAGUGCUGCCUAUGGUGGCGCUCCGGGCAGAGGAGGUGAGGAGCGACAUGAAGCGACGGGAGGUCGCCAACAUGAGAUGGGCUUUGGAGCGGCUGCCGGAUCAUGCCGGCAUUGCGGAUGCAGUGGCCUCCUUGCGACAGGCUUUCCAAGCCAUGGGCCGUCGGCCAAGCGUGUUCUGGCUGCUGGCGUGGCUGCUGUCGUGGCACCGCACCUUCGUCGGGUCGCAGCUUGGCGUUGGCCGGGCUGAGUCGGAGAGACCCCGAGUGGUGCGGCACGUGCGGGAGCGGCGGGUGGUUUCCGGGCGAAAGGCGCGCGAGCGGUCGGGGAAGAGUGAUGGCCACACAGCCCCGAGAUGGAUCACCAAGAGGAUCAUGGAGGCCGAGCAAGUGAGCUCUGACAUGAAAGCGCAAGACGUUGCCAACGUGAUUUGGGCCACGGCCAAGCCGUCGGAGGCAGAGGAGAACUCGCUGCUCACUGUGCGGCCGGCUUUGGUGGUGCGUGCAAAGAAAGUGAGCUCUAACACGAAAGCGCAAGAGGUUGCCAACAUGAUUUGGGCCGCGGCCAAGCUGUCAGAGACAGGAUAUGAUUCCCUGCUGGCUGUGCUGCCGACUUUGGCAGUCCAGGUCAAGGAGGUAAGUGCGGACAUGACAGCCCAAGAAGUUGCCAACACGAUUUGGGCCACAGCCAAAUUGUCCGAGGCAGGAGAUGACUCCCUGCUGGUCGUGCUGCCGACUUUUGCAGCCCAGGUCAAGGAGGUAAGUGCGGACAUGACAGCCCAAGAAGUUGCCAACGCGAUUUGGGCCACAGCCAAGUUGUCCGAGGCAGGAGAUGACUCCCUGCUGGUCGUGCUGCCGACUUUGGCAGACCAGGUCAGGGAGGUGAGCUCGGACAUGAAAGCGCAAGAGGUUGCCAACGUGAUUUGGGCUGCGGCCAAAUUGUCCAAGGCAGGAGAUGAUGCCCUUCUGGCAGUGCUGCCGACUUUGGCAGACCAGGUCAAGGAAGUGAGUGCGGACAUGAAUGCCCAAGCUGUUGCCAACGCGAUUUGGGCCGCGGCCAAAUUGUCCAAGGCAGGAGAUGAUUCCCUGCUGGCAGUGCUGCCGACGCUGGCGUUGCGUGCAAAGGAAGUGAGGUCUGAGAUGCAUGCACAAGCUGUUGCGAAUAUCGGAUGGGCGAUGAAGCAGAUUUCAGAUGAUGCCGUUGCAGAUGCCGUGGCAUCCUUGCGUCGAAUUGCAGCCGAGAAGCAAAAGCAGGUCUACGUCUUCGGCGAGAUCGAAGGGGCUGUGCCCAACUGGCCCUUGGUGAGGGAGUGGCCCUUGGUGAUGGACUUCUGGGCUAGGCUUUACUGCAGCUGGCGCCUGGUCUUCGACCCGUGCAAGUUUCAAGUCAUCAAGGGGGAGGCGCUGGGGUUGGAAACCGGAGUGAAGCACAAGGCGUGGACCAAGAUUGUUCACCGCCUGCGCAGCAUUUUGUGGCUGGUCAUUGAGCAGGAGGCGCGAGUCUCGACCAACGCAGUGGAAGGUUGCUCUGCUUCUGGCGUGGAGCCCUUCCGGAAUUUGCUCUCUGAGAUUGAAGAGUUGCAGAAAAGGACACGCCCCCGGAGCAACUUCCACCACCGCCCCAAGCCAGCCAUCUCUUCUGCAGCUACGAUGCCUUCCGCUUGCCUGAACAACGAUGGCCCAGCGGAUGUCUGCAACAGUGACAGUGAUGUGGAGAUGGUGGGUAUCAAGUUUGCGCGCAGCAGCAAACUGGUGCCGGUGAAAAUGGAGCCGAGAAUCAAGACGGAGCCGAGCGAGGGCCAGGACCGCAGCGAGCCGGCGGUGACGAGCAGUGAGCCCGCAGUGAGGGCAGUGAGCGGGCAAUUUUGUCGCCAGGGUCACGAGGAGGCUGCCUAUGACCCAUUUUGGGCGGUUAAAAAGCGGCGCCGGGUGGCAAUGGCCACCACGGACCGCAUUGUGUGUGACAAGUGCUCGCAGCAAACAGAAGGGGAGACCUUCACCAGCCAAGUGGGCUCCGAAGGCUUCUGCGUGUGGCGCCUGGGUUGGAACCACCCGCUGGCGGUGCAGCUGGGCUUGAGAAACCUUCAGGUCCCCGUGAAUGUGGGCUUCACCUUGUUAGGAGCGCGGGGAGUGUCGGAUUCGCGCGGCGGUGGGUCCGAGUCUGCGGACUCGCGGAUCGCGGACUCGGCGCGGUUGGUCCGAGCGGGCGGAGCGGGGUCCAGCUCUGAGAUUCCUUCCGUGCCCAUGCCGGUCUUUGCGCCGCCCAACACGGAGGCGGAUCUUCGGGAGCUGCGGCAGCUGAUUGCAGAGGACGUGCCCUUCUUGAUCCAAUGGCCCGAGGAGCAUCCGCUUCUGCCCGCGGAGAAGUAUGAGUCAGUGGAGGCCUAUUUGGCCAAGACUCUGGCAGAGGACGGCUACAAGGAGGACGAGGAGUUCCUGAUUGUGAAGUUCGAGGAGUGCUACUCGACUUCAGGACCUCAUGUUGAUGCCAUGUUCGGCUCCGUGAACGUGUACUACAUGGCCCGCGGAAGCAAAUCCGUGAAGAUCUUGACCCGGGCAGCCACCGAACGUCUUCCAAUGAGGUACAAGGACGACUACUUGCGGACGGAGAACAAGGAAGCGGAGCCGGCCAUUCUGGAUGAGAAGGAGUGGGUGGACCGGGCCAUGACGUCUCCAUGCUCCAGCAACAUGGACGAGACCCUGAAGGUCGUAGAGGACGGCGAGGAAGGCCCAGACCAGGCUGCGAAGGACGAGCUAAAGCGGCUCACCUUCCAAAAGGUCUAUGCCCACAUGGGCAACGAGAUCCCGCCGGAGCAGCUGAAGAACGCCAUCGUGGUGAAGACCGCCAAGUUCCAUCCCAUCACGGUGAUCUUCCUUCAAGUCGUCACCCUGGGUCUCUUCAACUUCUUUCGUCCCAAGGAUGAUGAGACCCUGCUGGUGCUCACGGAAAACGGACGAGUCUACCUGCUGAAGGUGGAGAGACCCAAUGCCUUCGGCGUGGACAUCCACGCAGCGCUCAUGACCUUCCUGCGGCUGGUCCUGCUGUUGGCCUUGAUCCUCACGGGCCCCGCCUUCGUCGUGAUGGUCUUCGGGUCCUCCGCGGUGGGCGAUGGAGACGACUUCCAGCUGAACAACGGCAACAUCGUUCAGCAGGAGCUGGACUUGGAUGUGAAGGUCUACAGGAAGGCUCUGCACAGCACCGUCCUGCUGGUCACCGUGGCGACCACCCUGCUGCUGAUCGUCGGCUGCUGGCUCUAUACGAAUUGGCCUGCGGACUAUGCGACGAGGUCCAGGCAGAGCUUCAAGGCGGAGACGGUGUCCUCCAUCCAGUACAGCAUCUCUGGCAGCAGCGUGGCGCGGUCCCUGAAGAUGCGCCUCUACUUCGGCAAGUACCCCGGCCAGGCGCGGAGCGCGCAGAGCGACGAGCCCAUGGCCCGCACGCUGCUGCCGUUGCUCCUGGCGUGGCAGCUGCUGCGCCGCGACGCCUUCCUGGGGCCGAGGGCUCGGGGACGGGGCGCCGAGGCGGAGUCCAGGUUUCGCGUGGUGCGUCGUGUGCGGGAGCGGCGCGGCUCCGCCGGGCGCCCGGCGCGAGACAAGCCAGGGAGAAGUUUGGACGGCUAUACGCAUCCGAAGGUGAUCACCAAGAAGAUCAUGGAAGCUCCCUCCGCCUCGGAGGUGUUGGGAGUGGUGCGGCAGGAGCGGAACAACCCAAAACUGGACUUCAUCGCCUUGUCCGCCGCAUGGGCUAGGAUGGCCAAAAUGCAGGCAAGUAUUUCCGCCGAGGUACUGAGCGACCCUUUCCUGCCAGACUUGAUUAGGCUGACUCGAGAUGGUGCAGGCAGGGCUGGAGUGGAGGCCGAAAGAAAUGCGCGAGCAGUUGCCAAUACAUACUGGGCAGCUGCAAAGCUGGACAAGCGAAUGCAUUCACUCGUGGCAAAUCUGCAAAGCAGCUUGACACAAGCGGCCAAGCAGACUGCGAAUCAUAUGGACGAGCAAGAGGUUGCCAACGUGAUUUGGGCCGCGGCCAAGCUGUCAGAGGCAAGAGAUGACUCCCUGCUGGCUGUGCUGCCGACUCUGGUGGUGCGUGCAAAGGAAGUGAGCUCUGACAUGAAUGCACAAGCUGUUGCCAACAUGAUUUGGGCAGCGGCCAAGCUGUCAGAGGCAGGAGAUGACUCCGUGCUGGCUAUGCUGCCGACUUUGGUGGUGCGUUCAAAGAUGACUCCGUGCUGGCUAUGCUGCCGACUUUGGUGGUGCGUUCAAAGGAAGUGAGCUCUGACAUGAAUGCACAAGAGGUUGCCAACGUGAUUUGGGCAGCGGCCAAGCUGUCAGAGGCAAGAGAUGACUCCCUGCUGGCUGUGCUGCCGACUCUGGUGGUGCGUGCAAAGGAAGUGAGCUCUGACAUGAAUGCACAAGCUGUUGCCAACAUGAUUUGGGCAGCGGCCAAGCUGUCAGAGGCAGGAGAUGACUCCGUGCUGGCUAUGCUGCCGACUUUGGUGGUGCGUUCAAAGGAAGUGAGCUCUGACAUGAAUGCACAAGAGGUUGCCAACGUGAUUUGGGCAGCGGCCAAGCUGUCAGAGGCAGGAGACGACUCCCUGCUGGCUGUGCUGCCGACUCUGGUGCUGCGUGCGAAGGAAGUGAGGUCAUACAUGAAUGCACAAGGGGUUGCCAGCAUUAGAUGGGCGUUGAAGCGGCUUGAAGGUGAUGCCAGCAUCGCAGAUGUGUUGGCACCUUUGCAGCGCGUUGUACGAUGAUUCUCCAUGCGAACGGCUUGGAGUUGCCAGCCAAAAGCUGUCAGCUGUAGCAAGCCAAUCCGC